CGUGUGUAUGAAGUAGGCCUCACAAAUAUGUUGAUUAUCACUAGGUUUAUAUUCCAGGUGUAGGAAUUAAUACGUAGAGAACCUGCGAAAACGACCGGCGCUAUGACCCCGUUGCGCCCGAUCCCCAGCAGCGAUAAACGGGUAAGUGAUAUACGGGAUCCUUGAGACGUCCAUACCCUAAACCAUAAUUUAACCAUAACCCUUACCUAACCAUUUAAAAUGUCAACGGGGUAAUUCCAGAGGUGGGACGUCCCAAGGAAUCCGGAUAGCACGGACCGUUUUACGCGAGCGAAGAGGACACAGUGGCAUAAAUCAGCAGCUCAGAAAAUAAAGAGAUCAAAAUGAUGCUGCUGCUGGUGAAAAGGGAUUAAACGGAAUAAAUCUUUCGUCAGUGGAAAAUCCAGCGUUCACGAGGUUACUGUUCCAGUUUUCUGCAGUGAUGUUUUUGUAACCAGUGCAUUUUAUCCGGGUUUUUGGUCAGGUUGGCGUUUUAAUGACGAAUGUAUCGUUUUCAAUUUCCAUAGGAAAACACUGGAUGCACGCAGCCUAAAACAAUACCGUCGUUUUUUAAAUUCUCUUCUGCUAUUCAAUUCUAGUCGGCACGGCACAUAGGCUCACCGUCUCCCAACAUAAUUGACUGUCAGUGAGAACGGAUCAAUUUGUGCUGACAACCGAGGAAAGGAAAGGCAAAUAUGUCGUUGCUGAGCAGCGGUUGUGAUGCUUGACUGAACAUGAUGAAGACCGAUUCCUCAUCUUCCAAAAGCACCGGCUCCGGUUCGACGUUGAGGAGCCCAUCCCCGCACCGGAACGCAUACGAGGCAGGGAUGCAGGCGCUGAGGCCUGCCAAGGACAAUGCUGCAAAAGGCGAUCAUAUGCAGGAAGGCCCCCGUGGCCGCAGGAGUUAUGGCUCCAAUGUGCACCGUAUCAAGAACAUGUUUCAGCAGAUGCAAGGCCCAGGGAGCACAUCUCCCUGCCUGGAGGGAGGGGAGGACCCAGAGAAGACUACUGAGAGAGUGCGUCUCUCCCUCCCCAGAGCCGGUAGCCUGAAUGAGAAUGUGGACCACAGCGCCUUGCUGAAGCUGGGAUCCACUGUUUCAGAGCGGGUUAACCGGUUCGACCCUAAUGCCAAAGCGGAGAAUGGGCAGGCUCUCCAAGCUUCUUCACCCAGCUACUCCAAGUUGCAGGGGACGCGGAAGAUUUUGGAACAACAGAAGGCGGCCCAGCAGCUGGAGCGGGAGAAGCAGGCUGCUGCCACCAACCGGGUCCUGCUGAAGACAGAGCAGAGCUCGGGCAUCCAGGAUGGCAGGCUGGACAUGGUGGCGCGGUUCAAUGGCAGCACAGAGUCCCUGGACAGCCUGGACACCACCGAAGCCGUGUCCCCCACCGUCUCCCAGCUCAGCGCUGUCUUCGAACGGGCCUCAGAGCUCCGCAACAACCUGCAUCGCCUCUCCUCCACACCUCCGCUGCCCUCCCGGGGGGUGCAGCUCAACUCUAAAAUCAUCUCUAAGAGGGCGAACCGGGCUUCUGCCCUCCCACCAACCAGCCAGGAGGAGGAAGGGGGUUGGUGCCGCAGCCAGAGGGACCAGGAUGGACCUCCCAGAAGCCUCAGGGCCUCAUCCUCCUCCACCUCCGAUGGCCAAAGCGGAGGGCAGAAUGGAGGCCACAGUGGCCCCACACUCCCUGAGCCCAGAGAAGGCCGGGAUAAGACUGGGCCCGACUCUGGGUCCCAGGCCAAAAUUGAGGGCCAGUCUGAGGAUCGUUCUGGCGACCUGGAGCCCAGCAGCACCAUAGUUAAAUCUGACAUCCACCACUUCUCUCUGGAGAAUGGCGAGAACAGUACAGAGAGAGAGGCCCAGGUAAGGGAGACCUCUCCCAAGGGCACUAGCAGUGAGAGGGGGAGGCAGGGUGGAGAUGGAGAAAUUGGCCAGGGGGGUACAGCAGAGGAGGGGGAAGAGAGGACUGUAAAGGAGGAUCAGUCAGGGGGAGAACAGGUGGCUAUCAGAAUGUACAGCGCAGUGGGGGAGGACUCUGGAGGGAGCCAGCAGGAUGAGGAAGUGGAGGAGGAUGAAGAUGAGCCAUACGAGCCCGAGUCCAGCUGUCAUGAGAAACCUGGGCUGCCUGAAGAGGAGGACCCUCCACCCAGCCGGAAGAUCUGCUUCAGCACGGGGCCUAUCAAGGUGUUUGCCACCUACCCCAACGAGGACUAUGACCGUCGGAACGAGGACGUCGACCCCAUGGCUGCAUCUGCCGAGUACGAGCUGGAGAAGAGGGUGGAGAGGCUCGAUAUGUUCCCUGUUGCGCUGGAGAAAGAUGGUGAUGGGCUUGGUAUCAGUAUCAUUGGGAUGGGGGCGGGGGCAGACAUGGGCCUGGAGAAACUGGGCAUCUUUGUCAAGACGGUCACCGAUAAAGGAGCAGCGCACAGGGAUGGCAGGAUCCAGGUGAAUGACCUGAUAGUGGAGGUGGAUGGGACCAGUCUGGUGGGGGUUACCCAGACCUUCGCUGCCUCCGUCCUCAGGAACACCACAGGCACCGUCAAGUUUCUGAUUGGUCGAGAGAAGCCGGGCGAACAGAGUGAGGUGGCCCAGCUGAUCCAACAGACCCUAGAACAGGAGCGCUGGCAGAGAGAGGUGAUGGAACAACGCUACAGCCAGUACAUGGAGGACCAAGAGGGUGGCGAAUAUGGUACUGACGAGGAGGAGGAUGAUGAGGAGGAGGUCAGCCCCACACAUCCCUCUGCCAUCGAGGUGUUUGACCUGGCUGAGAACGAGGACAUCUCUCCACUGGAGACGGACCCUGAGAAGCUGGCCCAUAAGUACCAGGAACUUCACAUAAAGCAUGCUGUAACACAGGCAGAGAUCCAACAGCUGAAAAGAAAGCUGAACCAUGCAAAGCAGGACAAGCAGCGCUGGCGUGUGGACAAGACCCAGCUGGAGCAGACCCUGCAGGAGAACAAGGAGCGCAUGGAGAAGCUGGAGGGUUACUGGAUGGAGGCCCAGAGUCUGUGUCAGGCUGUGGACGAGCACCUGAAGGAGACCCAGGCCCAGUACCAGGCUCUGGAGCGCAAGUACAGCAAGGCCAAGCGCCUCAUCAAGGAGUACCAGCAGAAGGAGAUUGAGUACCUGAAGAAGGAGACUCAGCGCUGUCUUCAGGACGGGGCCGAGGCAUCACUGAGGGAGGAGUCAGGACAGCUCCAUGAACAGGUAGCAGAUCUGGAAUGCAGGGUUGAGGAACUGAAAUCUGAGCCUUUAUAAAAGCCUUGUUUUCUAAGAGAGUCUCUUCAAGGAUUGCCAGAAGUGAAUAGAGGAUAGUGGUAUUGUACUUGCAGUGGACCCAGGGUAUUUCUUGUCUCAAACUUUAGCCUGGUUUGCGGUCGAAUACAGGUACCCUCAGGCUUUGUAUUUCUUUAUAUAGUCCCUUUAUGUAACAACUCUUUCAAUCCCGUUUUGUUUUUAGAUUUCCCAGCUGGUAAUAUUGCCAAUAACUACUGGUUUGACUGACAGUUUAAUCAACCAUUUUCUUAAUAUUCCAAAAUACUGACAAGAACGUCCAUGGAGCUCUAAUUGUUGCUGUUCCUAAUUUUUCAUUCCUAAUGUUCAGUAUUUUACAAUUUGAUCACAAAUUGUGUUUUUGGGUGAAUUAGAAGACCGGGCUUUUGAUGUCAAUUGCCAAAACAAAUCAAAUUUAUUUGCCUAUUUUGUAAGUGCCGUUUCAUUUUCUGGGUUGUCAUUGUACAGCUGUAAUACUGUAUGUGGUUUAUGAAACAAAAGUUUGCUUUGUAUUUUUAUUAAUAUAUGUAUAACAUUUAACAUAUACAGUACAACAUAAUGGAGUCAACAGUUGGUGCUUAUGUGACUGAGGAAGAUGUGUAACUAGUCAAAUGUCCACACUGGAGAAGACAUACACUACCGUUCAAAAGUUUGGGUUCACUUAAAAAUGUCCUUGUUUUUGAAAGAAAAGCACAUUUUUUGUCCAUUAAAAUAACAUCAAAUUGAUCAGAAAUAUAGUGUAGACAUUGUUAAUGCUGUAAAUGUCUAUUGUAGCUGGAAAUGGCAGAUUUUUUUAUGGAAUAUCUACAGAUAUUCAGGGGUCCAUAUAUACAGGGGUCCAUUAUCAGCAACCAUCACUCCUGUGUUCAAAUGGCACAAUGUGUUCGCUAAUACAGGUUUAUCAUUUUAAAAGGCAAAUUGAUCAUUAGAAAACGCUUUUGCAAUUAUGUUAGCACAGCUGAAAACUGUUGUUCUGAUUAAAGAAGCAAUAAAACUUGCCUUCUUUAGACUAGUUGAGUA